CGCGCGUUCGCUCUGGUCGCACUCGCUGAAGCCAGACUGGGGAGCUCGGGCCAUUUCCCGGAGCAGGUCAGUGAGCUGCGCCCGCGCGGCUGGGCUCUCCCCCCAGGCGCACCUGGCGAUCCGCAGGAGUAACGGGGGUUGCAUGAGGGCACGCGGGGCUCUGCGGAGUGACCCAUGUGGUGCGGCUGGGCAGCGGGAGCUGAGCGGCGCUGCAAUGAUUGUGCUCUCCCAGGGCUGCCCAUACCUCAUGUCAGUCCCGGCCUCCAGCGAUGGAGCCCAUUCUCGGGACUUUAGAACCGGAUCAUCAGGAGCUGCUGAGUCUCCUUCAGUUGGACUGAAGGAUACAGCAUCUUAUAUGACCUGUGGGUUUGAGAAGUGAAGAAUAACUGAUCACAGGGUGACCCAUUAUGUCUAUGUUGUGAUGGAAAAAUGAAAGCAUCUAGAAUACAGCAUUUUUUAUACUUCUAAGACUGCCUUUGACUACAACAUCUAUUCCCUUCAAAACACGCACACAAAAUGUCAGAACUUGACCCUUCAUCUGGAUUAGUAGGAAACAUGGAAAAUGGGACUUUUCUGGAGCUAUAUCCCACAUCCCUGUCAACUUCAGUGGAUUCCUCAUCUGGCCGCUUAUCAAAUGUCUAUGUCUAUGUUUCUGUAUUUCUCAGUCUCUUAGCAUUUCUUCUUUUGCUAUUAAUCAUUGCACUUCAGAGGCUGAAAAACAUCAUCUCUUCCAGUGCCUCCUACCCAGAAUACACUAGUGAUGCUGGAAGUUCUUUCACUAAUUUAGAAGUUUGUAGUAUUUCGUCCCAGCGAUCUGCUUUCUCAAACCUUUCUUCAUGAAAAGAAGUGAAGGAAAUACAUUGGGAAUGGAACAACUUUGUCCAGCUUUUGAGGGAAAUAGUGCAUGCGACGUUUACCAUUGAGGACUAUUAAUCAUGAAAGAGGUGACUUUUAAAGUUCUCUUUGAUUUUUCUUCCUCUUUUUAGUUUCCAUUUCCCCUUUUAUUAGUGAUACUUUUCAUCUUAGAGCAUGGAAAAUGGCAUCUGGCCGUAGCUUCAUGUAUAUACUGGUAAUGCCACCUUUCUCUCAUACGUAUACACAUCCAUGCAUACACACUGACUUCCUGCCAAAUUUAAAUAUAGUUCUAGGUGGAUGUUAUAAUUCUUCUCUGCAGUUGUAUCCCUCUUACCUGGAUUUCCCUUUGUUAGUGUGUCAUUGACUUUUCACUGGAUAGCGCCUUCUGGACAAGAUCGUUUUCACAAAAAUGCCACCACACUGAUUUAAUAGACAAAUUGGCACCUUGGCCAAUUUUAAAGUUGUUGAGUUGAGUUUUUUGUUAUUUUGUUUUUAAUUGUGAUGUCAUUUCAGUAUUUAAAUUGUUAUUAAAACAAAACUAAAAUAAUACUUUUGUUAACAAACAUUAAUUUUGUCUGUGUACCUGUCCAUUGAAUCUUUCUGUGUAAAGCCUCUCUAAGUCAACUUUCACAUACACUUUGACAUAUUUGCUUAAUUUUAUUUAGCAAAAGCAGCUAGAAUAAAUAUGUACAGUUGUAAACUCAAGUUGUACUGUAUGUUGUAAAGAUAUUUUUAGAACCUACUUGCAUGCAGUUGACAGGACUACCUGCUUCUCAGGGGGAUGGUUUCUGCCUCUGCAUCACAAAUACAACACACCUCCUUUCCACACUUCAGUGCUACUCUAGCUUAUUGUAAACACAAUCUGAGCAGCCUUUUCUCUCUUUGAGAGACACAUAACUCCCAUUACCGUUGCUGGCAGCUGAUUGCCUGUAUUAAGAGCCCUUAUAGGCAAGAGGAGUUCUUACCUCAGUGGAGCUACUAACAUCGGUCAUAACUAGUGAAGGGCCAGAUUCUGCCUUCUCCUUACAUGGAUCCAUAGUGGGGUGGCAGAGCAAGGCAAAUCCUUCUUGGCAUUGCCUGUGUAAGGGCCAAGCAAUGUUGCAGUCCCUUCACAGAGCCUGCGCUCUCCCUACUCCACCAGUGUUGUACAGUGCCCCAGUGAGGAUAAGAAGAGCUGGUGGGAGGUGAGGCCAUAGCCCAGCCCCCCCUCCACACUACGGAAUGGGCCCAGUAUGCAUGAUAGGAGAAUAAGCUGUACCCCAUUAAGAGGUGUAGUAGUGGGGGUGCCUUUGUCCUGCUCUAGGGAGUUCAGGGUCACGUAUGUUGAGCCUACAUACCUCCCAAUGCUCUACAUAUCCCUAUAGUUUGGACUGUGCUGAAGUGGUAUAACCUAGCCCCAGGCGAAUAAGGGUGUGCAG